GGAGGAGCUGUGGCGUUGGUCUGCAGCUCAGAUCAGACUUUCACACAAAAGAGAGAGAGAGACGACAGAGCGUCUGUUGUGAGAAACUGACGCUGGAAUGAAAGAGAAUCUGCAGACGAGUGAAAGUGAAGCAGCAGCAGGAGGAGGAAUCAGGAAAAGAGAGGAGCUGAAGGAGAAGUGAAGGCGGAGGUGUAGGAGGAGCUGAGUCUGCACAUCGAGGAUUAAAACUUCUUCAGGAGCAAACUCCAGAGAGACGAGGAGAAGAAGAAGACAGUCUGAUUUAAUGAGAGGGAUCAGCCCUGGAUCAGGUUUCAUCUGUGAAAGUUAUUUUUCACUUCUCUGAGUGUCCACAGAUCUGAUCUGAGGUCAGCGUGAGCGACAGGAAACUGAAGCAGCCGAGCGGCAGCAGAUCUGGAGCUGCUUUUUACUGUGGGAGCAGAUUCCUGAGGAUCCUGAGGAGGUCAGAGAGGAGGCACCAGACCGAGAUGGAGGCGAGACGACCUGUUCGGUUCGGGUUCAGUAAAGAGUGACAAAGAAAAGAAGAGGAGGAGAAGAUGGAAGAAAGAGGGGGAGGAUGAAGGAGGGGGAGACCUCCACAUGGCUCCAACCAAACUGAUCCACACUGAUUCAAACUGAAACAAAGACUGAGUCAGACCUCUGCUCCACACUGACCUCAGACCUGUGCAGGUGUGGACUGACGUACCUGUGCAGGAGUCAGGAUGCAGCUGAACCGACCUCGCAGCGCCCUGCUUGGGUUCAGCCUCCCUCCUCCUCCCCCUCCUCCUCCUCCCGCCUCCUUCUCCAGUCAGUUCAGCACCAUGAGGUUCUCCUACCACCUGACCCCCCCACUCCAACCACCUCCACCUCCACCACACAACAGCAGCUCCACCUGCAGGACAGGUCCCUCCUCCUCCUCCAGUCCCAGCUUGCUGACUAAGAGUCUCUCUCUGGAGCCGUCCUGCUCCCCCUGUGGACACCAGGGGGCGCUGGACGCUGACACUCCCCAGCAGCCGAGCUCUGACCCGGGGCCCAGCUCCUCCUCCUCAGGCCCCGCCUCUCUGGAUGGAGGGGUGGAGCUAAUGGAGCGCCGUGGAUCCGCUGACGGGCUGCUGCUGGUCAACGACACGGGGCCGCCGGAGCUGCCGGCUACCACAAUAACACCACCGAGCAAGAGCCGGCCGCCGCUGCCCGGGCCCAAACCUCAGGUCCCCCCGAAGCCCCCCCACCUCCAGCAGCAGGCAGGGGUGUCGAGGCCACGCCCCCGGGCUCCGGACAAACCCCUCCCUCCUCCACCGCCCUGCAGACCCCUCCCAGCAGACCCACGGGGGCGGACUCCACCCACCCGCGCCGAUGGCACCGCCUCCCCCACCUGUGUCCUGUCCCUCAUCGAGAAGUUUGAGCGUGAGCAGAUCAUCGUGGUUCCUGACAUCACCGGGGGGGCUCUGUGUCCCCGCCUCCCUGACCCCCCCUCCUCCCUCUCCUCCUCCCGACCUUCAUCACCACCGUCAUCAUCAUCCCCUGCCCCUCCCCCUCCUGAUGAGGAGGUGCCCCCUGAAGUCAAAGGUCAUGAUGACAUCACAGAGGGUGAGGGGGAGGGCGACGUACGAAACGAUGAUGAUGAUGACGAUGAUGAAGAGCUGGCGGUGGCGUGUUGUGACAACCUCCAUCAGAAGCGUCUGUCGAUGGAGUCGGGUUACAGUGCGUCAGAGAAACACCUGGAAGACGACGUGGUUGCCGUGGAGAUGAGGGAGUCACAGCAGCAGCCGCCGCUGCUCGACCAAUCAGAGCUGCCCUCGGAGCGUCUGUCCCUGCCCUCCUCCCAGACGGACGGGAAGCUGGCCAAUCGGGACAGCGGGAUUGACAGCAUCAGCUCCCCGUCGCACAGCGAGGAACUCUGCUUCGCAGGCGUGGACGAUGGGGGCGUGGCUUAUCCAUGCAGCCCCGCCCUCUUGCCCCGCCUCUCCAGCUCGUCCUCGUACGCGGGGGAGGGAGGGGAGGGAGAGGGAGAGGGGGUGGAGGUUGAGGCAAGGGGAGCGGUGAGGAGGAGGAGGGAGUUCUCUGAGGAGGGAGACAGUGACCUGGAGGAAGAGGAGGAGGCGGAGCUAACGCUGGUGCUGCCCCCACCCAAGACAGACAGACAGGACUCUGCUGAGCUGUCCGUCCAGCAGAGGGUCUUCAACAUCGCCAACGAGCUGCUGCACACAGAGAUCGCCUACGUCUCUAAGCUCCACCUCCUGGACCAGGUUUUCUGUGCCAGACUCCUGGAGGAGGCUCGGUCCCGCUCCUCCUUCCCCUGUGACGUGGUUCAGGGAAUCUUCUCCAACAUCUGCUCUAUCUACUGCUUCCAUCAGCAGUUCCUGCUGCCGGCGCUGCAGAAACGGAUGGAGGAGUGGGACCUGAACCCGCGGAUCGGGGACAUCCUGCAGAAGCUGGCUCCCUUCCUGAAGAUGUACGGAGAGUACGUGAAGAACUUCGACCGAGCCAUGGAGCUGGUCAACACUUGGAUGGAGAGGUCGGCUCAGUUCAAGACCAUCAUCCAGGAGAUCCAGAGGGAGGAGCGCUGUGGGAACCUGACUCUGCAGCAUCACAUGUUGGAGCCGGUUCAGAGGAUCCCUCGCUACGAGCUGUUGCUCAAAGACUAUCUGCACCGGCUGCCGGAGGACGCCCCGGACCACAGGGACGCCCAGAAGUCUCUGGAGCUCAUCGCCACAGCAGCCGAACACUCCAACGCCGCCAUCAGGAAGAUGGAGCGGAUGAGGAAGUUGUUGAAGGUGUACGAGUUGUUGGGAGGAGAAGAAGACAUCGUUAACCCGACUAACGAGCUCAUUAAAGAAGGACACAUCCUCAAACUGUCCAAUAAGAACGGGACCACGCAGGACAGAUACCUCAUACUGUUUAACGACAGGUUGCUGUACUGCGUCCCGAAGCUGCGUCUGAUUGGUCAGAAAUACGGAGUCCGUGCUCGCAUUGAUGUGGACGGCAUGGAGCUGAAGGAGACCAGCAGCGUUGCGGUUCCCAGGACCUUCCUGGUUUCUGGAAAACAGAGAUCUCUGGAGCUUCAGGCCAGGACAGAGGAGGAGAAGAAGGACUGGAUCCAGGCGAUCCAGGCAACCAUCCAGAGACAUGAGCAGACGGUGGAGAGCUUCAGACACCUGAACUGUUCUCUGAGAGACGACGAGUCGACGCCGCCUCACUCCCCGAGCUGCGUGGAGCUGGGGAAACGAGCUCCAACCCCCAUUAGAGAGAAGGAGGUCACUCUGUGUAUGAAGUGUCAGGAGCCGUUCAACUCCAUCACCAAGAGGAGGCACCACUGUAAAGCCUGCGGACACGUGGUUUGUGGGAAAUGUUCGGAGUUUCGCGCCCGUCUGUCGUAUGACAACAACCGCACCAACCGUGUCUGUGUCGACUGCUACGCCACGCUGGUGGGGGUGCUGCCGUCGCCCGCCACGCUGAGCAGCAGCACCCAGAGGAGGCGCUCCAUCCUGGAGAAACAGGCCUCCCUGGCAGCAGAGAACAGUGUGAUUUGUAGUUUUCUGCACCACAUGGAGAAGGGAGGGGGGCGGGGCUGGCAGAAGGCCUGGUUCGUCAUCCCUGAGAACGAGCCGCUGGUGCUCUACAUCUACGGAGCUCCACAGGACGUGAAGGCGCAGCGCAGCGUCCCUCUCAUUGGCUUCGAGGUCUCUCUGCCUGAGUCAUGUGACCGUCUGGAGAGACGCCACGCCUUCAAGAUCUCCCAGAGUCACCUGACCCUGUACUUCAGCGCAGAGGGGGAGGAACUGCAGCGGCGGUGGAUGGACAUCCUGUCGAGGGCGGGGAGGGGGGAGGAGCCUCAGGUCCACCGGCCAAUAGUGGAGAGUCUGGAGGAGGAGGGGGAGGAGCUAGUGGCGGCAGUGGAGGGCGAGAACACGUGAUUCUAUUGGAUGAGGAAGGAUGGUGAUGAUGAAGGCGGGGUCCUGAGAUGAAGAUCAGUCCUGAAUGGAAACCAGAACAAAACCAGUUUAAAACCAGUUCACACCGUCGUAGCUAAAACACACACACACACACACACACACAUACACAGACACGCGCACACACACACUCUGUAUAUUUGAAGUCGCAUUGAUUCAUCUGCAUGAUUCCUCCCUGCUGUCCACACAAGAUGGCAUCUCUCUCUCUCUCUUGUUUCACCUUUGUCUCACCUGUCAGGUGAGGUGGGCGGAGCCUCUGGUCACACACUUCUCUAAGCGUCAUCAUUGUAAAUGUUCACAGUGAACUUUUCCCUCCAACAAAAACCAGACCUCGAGCCGCAGCCUCAUCACUCUCCCUCAGUCUGUAGAAACACUACAGUUCCCAUGAGCCCCGGGUGCCGUUGCUAUGGAGACGCUUCCACUCAGAGCUGUGACAUCAGUGUUAGAAACUUGACCCAAAAUCCCAAAGUGAAGUUUUUAAAAAUUUGUGAAUUUAUCCAGUGAAACUCUGACGUCACUCGUCUCUGAUCUGCACGGCAACAAGAGCCAGACGCUCUCUGAUUGGACGGUUCUUCAUAAAGCACAUGUGGUCAACUCAUAUAUUUACAGUCACCACACCUGACGGCCUCUUCCUGUCUUCUUCUUCUCCUGUUUUAAUUCAUCUAUUUUCCAGAAGGUCUGAUGUGUUUCAGACUUUAAUUCCUGUGAGUCACUGAGCGUCUCUGAGGAAAAAGGACACAGAGCUGCAGGAGACAGGUGGACGAGUGGACGCAGGUUUAACACCAGGUCCAGUUCAGGUCCAGUUCAAGUCCACCUCCCUCAGAUCCCUCUGAUCCACAGAAUCGCGUCUCAUUUAUCAGAAAUAUGGACAAUAAACCAGGAGGCUGUUCAUGUUUCUGAGACAGAGACUCAGUCAGACUGAGGAUGAUCCAACUCAGUCCAACCCUGACCCAGUUUAGGUCCAGUCCCUCUGUUCAGACCUGAUGAUUGAACUGAUGUGGACUCAGAGUCAGACCUCCACUGCUUCAGUCAUGACUCUGUGGAUUAUUCAUUUUAACCUGUGAAACGUCCCCAGGAAAAAAACCCGGUGAGGUGGGUUUAAAUCCCACCUGACACCUGAGGAGUCGACCUUUGACCUGACAUGAAGCAGCUGCUGCUGUCGCCCCGGACGAUUCAAUAAGAGAUUAGAAAAGAUUCUUCCUGUUUUUAAAAACGAGAGUUUCCUGAGCUGAAGCAGGAAACAAACUGAUCGUUCUCUUUAUGGCACUCAAAUAUCCCCUGAAGAAGAAAAGCUAGUUUCUAAAUCCUCCUCUCUGACCUCCACCUGUCUGCAGGUAAACUACAUGUCCCAGCAGCCUCUGCUCUGUCCUGAAGAAAAUCUCACUCAACAGUUUGUGGAUGAAAAUGUAGUUUUAAGUUUUAAAAAUAUUCAAGUCUGAAAAGAUCCUAAAAGGUUAACUGAACUAAAUUUGUGUAUAAAUAAUGUGUGAGAUGUGAGGCCCUCAGCCCCUGGUGGAGGAGGAGGAAAAGGAGGAGGAGGAGGAGGAAGAGGAAGAGAAAGAGGAGGAGAAGGAGGAGGAGGAAAAGAAAGAGGAGGAGAAGGAGGAGGUGGAAAAGGAGGAGGAGAAGGAGGAGGAGGUGUUUUAAAGUUGGAUGUGAAAAGCCUAUGGAGUUUUUAAAGACAGACAUGAAACCAGACUGGACUGAACCUUCAUGUUUCUGCUGAACUGUGACCCCCCCCCGGUCUGAUGGACUCUGUUUCCUGGAUGUUGGAAAUGAAUCCAGCGAUUAGACGGAGCAGAUCUGACCAGACUUUCGUUGUUUUUCUCAUCUUCACUUCCAGUGGUCCAGUGUCUGUAAACACCUUUUGGACAAAGUGUUUUGAUAGUGAAAAAAGAAUCUUAUUAAUCUUGUUCUUGUUCUGAUGAAUCUAAAGAAAAGAGACUUCUCGUUGGAUAUUUCUGUGUUUCUGAGUCUGGGUUGUGUUUGAUGUUUGCUUGAUGAAGUCGAUGCAAGAAGAAAAACAAAGAGUAAAGUUUUUUGUAAAUAUAAUUUAUUCUGCUGUGACCCCCCCGGUCAUGUGACUGUGUAAAGGUUAAAGGUUAACGCUCGCUGUUCCUCCACACUCUGCAGACCUCCACACAGCCAGAGCCCAGCAGACAGUUUGGGGUCCAGCGGUGGCCAUGUUGGCUCCACUGUUUGGAUUCACAGGAUGAAGGUUAAAGGAACAUUCUGACAUUUUAAUAAAUCCGAGUCCAAUGUUUCAGUUGGAGACCAGGUUCAUCUCUGUUGGUCCAGCACAGCAAUAGGUCAAGGAUAUAGAAUAAUUAGCCUAGCUUAGCACAAAGACCGGAGGCAGGGGAUACUGUUAGCCUAGCUUAGCACAAAGACUGGAGGCAGGGGAAGCUGGUAACAGUAACUAACUGGGGCUAACUGAACAACUUUCAGUAGCUAACAGUGUGACCUAAUGCUACACAGUCUUUGUGCUAAGCUAGGCUAUAUCCGUCUGAAACAUGCGACUCAACAAAGUGUUUUGAAAACUGGAUUUCUGAAAAUGUUGAGCUCUUCUUUAACUUCUACCUCCGUCACUAUUUGGUGCUCAGUCUGUGCGUGGCUCUGGUUGUCACGGCGUGUUUUUAGCGUGUUCUUGGCGUGUAAAGCAGACUCCAGUGGUGUGUCGUCCUCUCCUCCCUCAGUGGAAGGAAAUGGCCAGUAACUCAGCCUUAGAGUUCCCAUCAUCACCUGUUGUUUUGAUGUGGUGAAAAAUGUUUUCAACUUUCAGUCUGAUUUGUGUUGAGUAGCCGACAGUUCUUCUGCUUCUUCUUCUUUCUGUUGCCAGAGAUCUUGGGAGACUGGUUCCUGACUGGUUCUGAUGGUUCUGACCGGUGGUUCUCUCCAUGUGCCAAAACACAUUCUGGAAUGUGUUCAGUAGUUUGUUCAGUUGUCGGCGUCAUGUAUGGAAGUAUUUCUUGUUUGGUCUGAACCACGUCGGUCCACAACCAGGAACAGUCUGUCACACCAGAGGUUUGAGCUAGAGAUGAGUGUGACCAUGUUAUUAUGACCUGAGGAGGUUUUUCAGGAUUGGAACUGGAAGCUGAGUGGUGGUCGUUUGCGUUCAGUAGAAUUUGAUCUAUUUACAUCUCAUUUCAUUUAUUUACUUUUUAGCUCCAAAUUGGAUCUGAGCGUUCAGAGAAAUCCGACUCACUGUCGUCAUUACAUCUUGUUGACAUGAACAAUUUUUACAAGUUGCAAACUAGGAAUUACGGUCAUUCUGAUAUAACGUGAAUGCAGCAUUAGUCCAGUCCUGACCAGGUUUGGUUCAGUGGUGCAGGACAAGGAGGUGAAGCUGAUCUCUAACACACUGACUGACUGUGAAACGUCUGCUCCACACUCGUCAUCUUCAUGACGUUUACUUUUCCCCUGCUCUGAGAUCAGUUCUUAUUUCUGAGAAGCUUUCUAAACAUCAGUGAAAUAACAGCUCUGCCUCUGACCACUCAUCACCAAUAAACCAGUAAAACAUCUACAGGAUGAGUACUUCCAGUCGUGUUGGACCCGUCAGAGCCGGGGAUCAGCUGUAGAUUAAAACCAGUCUGAACUGGACUCUCCAGGUUUACAGACGUCAGUCUCUGAAUUUUAUUCACUUCUGUUUGUGCCAAAUCAGACUCAACCCGUUCAGUCUGUGUUUUUAUAUUUAUUUCUCAUUUUAAUAUAAAAGAUUGUUAUUUUUUAUCUUUCAUGUUGUUGUUGUUGAUUUUCUGGCUGUUGUGAUGCUGCUGUUCCUCCAUCAGUCUGCAGUGACACUCUACCUGACACACUGUUAACGGCUGCUGUACCCAGGGUUCAUUCCUGACCAGAGGGUGGGGUCUCUCAAUCUGUCCAUACUGUUACCAUGGAAACCAUCAGGACCCCCUCCCUUCCUGAGAUGAGGCUGAAACAAACCAAAUGUUACCUGACAGUGUUCUGGCAUGUGGAAUAUAAACGUCACCAUAUAUGGACAUACAUUAUUUCUGAUCCAGCUGUUAAAGAGCCAAUCAGACGAGGCUGAGGCGGUGAUGUCAUGUAACUGAAUGACAUCAUUUUUUCUUUUGUGACUUCACGCCGAAGUAACGUCGGGAUUUCUGGAGCAGCAUGUUGCCAUGGUGAUCUCCAGCCUCAUCCCCCAGUGCUGGUUGCCAUGUUGCCUUAGCAACCUCUAGAAACCAGUUACCAUGACAACAGCAUCCACCACCAUUUCUCUCUCUCUCUCUCUCUCCAGGUGUAACAGCAGCAUGGUUGUGUAUUCUACUUCUCGUUGUAGUUCUGCUAUCUUGCUAUUAUUGAUUAUUGAUUAUUGAUUGCAGGUUAUUGGUUAGUGGCCGGCCACUGCCUUCCAUCCUGUCCAUGUCCGUUUCCCAUAAUGCCCUUCUGUAAGAAAAUAACAUGAGAAAUGUUUAUGAGGUUAUAACUCAAAUAAAAAUGUCAAAACUGA